AUGGAUUCAUGGAGCAUCAGUGCGAAAAUGGUCGGCUGCCCGGAGACACGACAACUACUGGUCACAUUGCUAUUGGCCCUUGGCUUCUGCCUGGGAGGCUCAAAGGAUGCAGUUCCGGACGCGGAUGCCAAGUGGAUGGCUCCACUCAAGCAGUAUGGUUAUACGGCCCAGCAUCUGAAGAACAAAGUGGAGCAUGGUGAAUUCACCACAUUCGAACUGGGCACCCCCAACUACCAGAUCCUCAAUCCCGAAGACGAGCCGGAAUACAUAACUGCGGAUCAACCGCAUUACCAGGAGAUGCUGAGGCGACUUACCAGUGGUCGAAGUAAAGCUGACACCAUUGAUGUGGAAAUGGCAAGUCGCACAGAUACGGUUCGCGAGACUUCCGAUCAGGGUGAAUCCAAAAAACCAUCUAAAAUUCAAGUGCCAGUUAAACCAAAGUCACAACUAAGACAAAAUCGCUGGGAGAAACUAAGAAAGCGCAGCUCCAUCGAAAAAAGACGUGACCACAAGGAAACCAUGGAAGCUGAUGUGCGGGAUGAGCAAAGUUUCUUCCCGGAGAUUCAGGUUUACCCAGGUUUACCCUUCCAAAGUCGUGUAGCCAAUCUUAAUUAAUCAUGAAUAAGUCACCUCAUCCAUUUAAGUGAUCUCUUGUGAUUCGGACAAUGAAUAAAUACUACUCGGUAAUUUGAA